CGAGCCGUCGCGCGGGCAUCGGAAGUGGCGUCAGUAGCCGUUUCUGCGCCACGGAAGCGGGUGGAAAAAAAAACCGAGAACCCGGCGGUAGACGGAUUCCGGCUCCGGCGACUCGGAGUUUCAGGCCCUGAUCCGCCCAGGAAGACAGAUCUCGGCGAAAGCGACUGGUUCCGGCCUGGGGAGAGCCCAGAGACAGGCCCUAAGCCGUAGAUACGAACAGAAUGGGUGAACGGCGCAGCAAAAACCUUUUGGUCCAGCUGGGACCCAAAAUGCAGGCUUACCCAGAAGAGCUGAUCCGCCAACGCCGUUCGCAUGAUGGCCUUACAGAGUAUCUCAUUCGCUGGAACGUGCUGACUGUUGAUGAUAGUGGAGGAGGAGGCAGCAGCAGUAAUGGAGGAAACAGUUCAUCUAGCGACAGUAAAGUGGAUAAUAUAUUGAUGUGGAUGUCAGCUGAAGAUGUAUAUGCCAACUGUCCUACACUUCUUGGGAAACGGAAACCAGAGGGUCAAAGAGUAAAAGAAGAACAGGAACCAAGUGCCAGAUCUUGCCCAGUGAGUGCAGACUCUGAUGUCACAUUUGAUGAUGUAGAGUUACUUGAUAUGAAGGAGGACGUAAAGCAUUUGGUACAACGAGCAAGGCGACAGAUGUCUCGUAAACCUGGACCAGACUCAUCCUUGAAUAUUUCUCACACAAUUCAUGUUCUGAGUGCUUAUGCUAGUAUUGGCUCACUGGUGGGGGUGUUCAAAGAGACAGGAGCUUUGGAUGUGCUUAUGGAAUUACUCUGUAACAAGGAAACGCAAACACGCCGGAGUGCUGGGAAGAUGCUCAGGGCUCUUGCUUCGCAUGAUGCAGGUAGCCGGGCGUACGUUCUCCUCUCACUGAGCCAGCAGGAUGGGAUUGAACAGCACAUGGACUUUGACAAUCGUUACACCUUGCUGGAAUUGUUUGCAGAAACCACUUCUUCUGAAGAACAUGGAAUUUCAUUUGAAGGAAUUCACCUCCCUCAGAUACCAGGGAAACUCUUAUUUUCUUUGGUAAAACGCUAUCUGUGUGUCACCUCCCUAAUGGACAAGUUGAAUAACAGUGGGCAAGAUCUAAGUGGAGAGCGCCAGGACUGCACUGCCUCACAUGUGCCAGAACAAGCUCGGCUGCUCCGAGAGUUUGAAGUCACCAUGGCGAUGGCCAAUCUGAUUUCCGAAUUAGUUCGCGUCAUGGGCUGGGACCGGAACAAAGAACCUGAUUUUAUGGUGGGGUCAGCAGGAGAAGAACUGCCUAGGAACAUUAAAUCAAUAUUUCAGCCACGGAACGUGGUUGCCAGUAACUUACUGAUAUCACAGCCGCGGAAAAAAACAGUAACGACUUACAAAACCCGUUCAAACUUUGCCAGCCGGAGCAGUUAUGUGGAAUAUAUACAGGAGAAUUUAAAAACAGGCAUGACUGUGAAAAUGUUGGAGGAUUAUGAACAAGUUAGUUGUGGAGAUGAAGGAGAGUUUAGGUACAGCAAUGAUGGAACCCCCCCUGUACAGGUUUUCUGGCACCAGUUGAGUAGAACAUAUUGGGUGCACUGGCACAUGAUUGAAAUCAUUGGGGAUGGAACAAGUGGACAGGUGGAGAAGGAAUCACAGGAGAAAGCUUCAUCACUGGCUGAAAGCCUUAAACUAACAACAGUUGCCCAGACGUUUUUCCAUAAGCCACCAGGUGGAUUAUACUCGCUGCCUUAUCUGUCGGAGAGCAUUGCUGAGGAUUCCUCUAUGCUCAGCCGCUCAGAAUGGUGGGAGGUGCUUUUCUUCAUCAAGAAGUUGGAACCAAAACAGCAGCAAGAAGCUAUUGACAUCAUUAGACAGAAUUUGGAAGAUCAGAUUUCAGAAAUUGAUGAGAGUGUGUUGAUUCAGUUGACUGUACCAUCAGAACUUGCACAGAAGCUGCUUCAGUUCUUGAGACCCUUUUGCCCUUCGGCCUACCUGAAUGAUCUAGAGUGCUCCCAUGUUUAUACUAAACACUACUUAAAGAGGAAAGGGCUGGAUCAAGACAGCCUCUCAAGUGCGUUAACCAACGUUGAAUAUGUUUCCCUGCCUGGCACCGCUGGUUCAGUUGUUAUGGGAUCAUCUGUCUCCCAGUCGAAGAAAGCCAAGAAAGAGGUUUCUCCAGAUACUACAAACACCACAACUAUUUUAAUCAAAAAUGAUGCUGCACAACCACUAGAGAUGGGAAAAAUGGAGGAGUUGGAGCUACCUGAUGAUCUUGAAGAGAAACUGAAAGUUUUCAGCUGCCCAAAAGUAACUGGACGCAAGACGAAUUUGGAGAAGAUGGGGGAGGUAGUAGAGAUCAUGAAGAAGUCAAACUCUGAGAUCAGUUUGCAGGUUGCAGGUUUCAAGUUCAUUACUAAAAUGUUGGAAGAGGACAGCACGCGGGAGAAGGUGGCUCUGAAAGUGGAUUCUGGCCUUAAUCAAAGGGACAAACUGAUCAAAGUGCUUGUGGAAGAAUUGACCAGUUUGUCCAAGGAAAAGCCCCUGGUUGUCACCUGUUUGCGGCUGAUUUACAUCCUGAUGCAGCGAUAUGACUGGAGAGCCUUGUUUGCCACGGAGGGAGGAAUCAAGAGUGUUCUUUCCUGUAUGCAAGAGCACAAGAAUUCAGCACUUGUUCAGCAGGCUGCUCUAGCUGCUCUGAAAAUCUUGACUGGAGCCAGCAAAUAUGACAUGCGAACUAAAAGUGUUCGGCCUCAUCUGGCAGACGCUGAUGCCCAGAUCAUCCUUGAAAUCUUUGCCAGUAUAGGUUCAGCCUCUACCCAGGAUUCCAAAGGGCUGCUCAGUGUUAUUCCUGCUGCUGUUGCGAAAAUGAUGAACACCUCAGGGUGUUCCUCUGCAGUUCAGGAUGGCUUGUUAAUUGUCAUUAUGCUGGUUUCUAAUCACAAAAGUCUUGCAGAGUUAUUGGUAUCUUGUGACAUCUGCCCAAUUCUGUAUAGCUGUAUUGGAAACGGAAGCAGUUCCACAGGCAGUCAUCAACAGAUGCUAGCUAUCAUGGCCCUCAGUAACAUCUCUCUGAACCACAAACUCUCCACUGGAAUUGAGAAUAAAGGAUCAAAAGAGGCUUUAAAUCUAAAGGAUGCUGAAUUGAAGAUGCUGCUUGUGAGUUUAAAGGAGCAGAGUGGUGCGAAAGAAAUCAUUCUUUCACUGGAACGUUGGAUUUGUGAUGAGACAACUGGGCUGGAAACUCAGAUUGAAGACAUCAUGAAAGAUAAAGAAGCCUUCCAGUCACUGUUGCAGGGAUUGGACCAUUUCCGCUCUGAGAAAGCUGUGCAACAAGCUAUCAUACGAAUUUUGAGCAAAUUUUUGGAUAAUUAUCUGGAAGACCUGUUGCCCUGGCAUGAAAGCAUUGAACCAUGUUUGUCAUCCAUGACUGCCUAUAAUAAUGACAGAGAGGUACUACAGGAUUUCAUUAGGUUUCUGCACAGGCUAGCAACGGUGAACAAGGAUUAUGCAGUUGUCAUGUGUCGUCUUGGGUCAAAGGAAAUUCUGUCAAAGGCACUGGACAAACACAGUUCUGCUUUACUGCUCGCUGGAGAGCUCAGAGAUCUUGUCAGCGACUGUGAGAAAUAUGCAAGUCUUUACAAGAAAAUGACCACCAGUAUCCUGGCUGGAUGUAUACAGAUGGUUUUGGGACAAAUUGAGGAGCACAGACGCAGCCAUCAACCAAUCAAUAUCCCCUUCUUUGAUGUAUUCCUGAGGAACCUCUGUCAAGGUCUGUCCGAACGGCUCAAUGAUAACAGACUGAAUCACGGUUCCAGUGUGGAGUUGAAAGAGGACAAGUGUUGGGAGAAAGUGGAGGUCUCCUCCAAUCAUCACAGAGCAAACAAGCUAACUGACAAGAACUCUAAAACAUACUGGGAAUCAAAUGGCAGCACAGGAUCCCAUUACAUUAAUAUUUACAUGCACAAAGGGGUAGUUAUCAGACAGUUGACCUUGGUGGUUGCGAGUGAAGACUCUAGUUAUAUGCCGGCUCGUGUGGUGGUGAUGGGCGGAGAUGAUCCCAGUAAUAUCAAUACAGAACUAAAUACAGUGAAUGUGGCACCCACUGCCAGCCGUGUUUUACUGCUGGAAAAUAUGACCCGUUACUGGGCAAUUAUCCAAAUUCGGAUCAAGCGAUGCCAGCAGGGAGGGAUUGAUACUCGUGUUCAUGGAUUUGAAGUUCUGGGACCAAAGCCAACCUUCUGGCCAGUUUUCAAAGAGCAGCUAUGCUGUCGGACUUACCUCUUCUACACGACAAAGGCCCACACGUGGUGCCAGGAGAUUCAGGAGGACAAGAUGCAGCUGCUGCAGCUUUUCAAUAAGUUAAACAGUGCUUUACGUCAUGAGCAGAUGUUUGCUGAUCGUUUCCUUCCAGAUGCAGAAGCAGCUGAAGCUUUGGGACGGACUUGUUGGGAGGCUUUGAUCAAUCCCAUUGUAUUCAGUAUCACAGCUUUGGACAAUACUAAUCCAAGCCCAUUGUCUUGGCUGCUGAAUGAAUAUCUGGAGAAUUCAGAAGUUUUGAAGCGGGGCAAAGGCCGAACAACCAUCUUUAAUUCCAGGGUUCGGCGCCUUUGCCACCUUCUGGUUCAUGUAGAUACCAGUCGGAUCGAAAUAGAAGACAUAAAGCCAGCCACUAAACCUGAUGGUAAAAACAAAUCGAAAGACAGCAGCAGCAACAGCAGCUCUGGAUCUGUGAAAGGGCAGAUGGUGAGCAAGCCCAGCAGCAUCUCCGGAAUAGCGCAGUGUUGGCAUGAAGUCGUACAGCAACAGGUGAAACGAUUCCUGGAUGGAGCAUGGAAUUCUCCUGAUUUUGUCAGACGUUACAGGGACAUGUACCUGAAGUUGAAGAAUGCCAUGGAGGAACUGUUUGGGCAGCAGACAGCCUUUGUAUUAGCACUGCGCAAGGGCUUCUCAGCAGCACUGCUUCAGCUGUCCCAUCUUACUGCCAUGCACGUCAGUGAACGGUUUGCACAGUACAUUGAUCAACGUAUCCAAGAAAGUGAAAUGAGCACAAGCAAUGUGGAAACACUAAACCAGCUGCAGCAGUUCCUGGAGCCGAUGCUGUUCCUCUCUGGACUUGAGCUUGCUAACAUGUUUGAACAUUUCUACAGAUACUAUCUGGCGGAUCGCCUUCUGGGCCAGGGGAAAGUGUGGUUGGAGCGAGCUGUGAUCGAUCAUAUUGGGACCUGUUUUCCCAGUAGAUACCCUCAGCAGAUGCUGAAGAAUCUGACUGCAUCGGAUGAGCUGCAACAGGAAUUCCAUCUUUACAGGUUGCAACAACUUGACAAGAAACUGGAGGAUCUGGAUGAUGAAAUGAUGGAAGAUCAGCCGCCUAUAACAGAAGAAGAAACGGAUUUGAAAGUUCUAGUGCUUUCCCCACGCUGUUGGUCCAUAUCUUUCCUCUGUUAUCAUGAUAAUCCGAGAGCAUUCUUCCCAUCUGCCCUCAGCAAUUUCCUGGAGGAGUUCUCCGACUUCUACACCAUUAGUCAGAAUGUUUACGGGCUCAGCAGCACAAAGCCUCGACGGUUACAGUGGACGUGGCUAGGACAUGCUGUCAUUGCCUUUGGAUCGUUGACUUUGCGUGUGUCUACUCUGCAAAUGUACAUCCUGCUGCAGUUUAAUGAACAGGAGGAUAUUCCUGUGGAGACCAUCUUGAAAUCGACAGGUUUGUCCCCAGUUUUGAUUAGUCAUGCACUGGAACCCCUGAUAGGAGAAAAUGACAUCCUAGUGCAACCAGGCACUGACAAAAACAGACUCCAAGCAUGCAGGCAGAUCAUUACAAACAAGUACCUACAGUUCAUAGGGUGCUUAGACAGAGUGAAACGUACAAGCUUUAGCAGCGGUUUUGAGGCUGGGUCACGGAGCUCAGAAGAAGGAGUGCUGGAGACAGUGCUCAUGUCGAUGGGCCGAACCAUGAGUCAAGAGGAGGUGCAGCAACUGAUGAACCAGACUGUCCUGCAGGUUGCGGACACACUCAGCAUCUCCACUGAUACGUCACAGCACUUGCUCAUGCACAGCAAGUGGAACGUUGACUUAUUGGUGCAGCGAUAUGCUGAAGAUUGUGAGGUCCUUCUGUUGGCGGCGGGACUUCAGGUCCGGAACCCACAAACACUUCGCAGCCCCAUCGCCCAAUGUCCAGUUUGUCUAAACCUGCUUACUAAUGAAAGUGAAGCUGCUCCCACUCUUUGCUGCAUGCACUACUGCUGUAAGUCCUGCUGGAAAGAGUAUUUAAUAACAAGAAUUGAGCAAAACCUGGUGCAAAAUUGUACGUGCCCGAUCUCUGACUGCCCUGCACAGCCAACCAAUGAGUUUAUCUCAUCUAUCAUAAGUGACAGUGAGAUUGCAGCUAAGUAUUCAAAAAUACUGCUGCGAGGGUAUGUGGAAUGCUGUUCAAAUCUCACUUGGUGCACCAAUCCGCAGGGCUGUGAUCAGAUUCUCUGUAAGGAGGGGAUAGGCAGUGUUGGUACCUGUUCCAAGUGCUGUUGGUCCUCUUGCUUCUCCUGCAAUUUCCCAGAGGCACAUUACCCGGCUAGCUGCAGCCAUAUGUCACAGUGGAUGGAUGACGGUGGUUACUAUGAGGGAAUGACGAUGGAAGCACAAAGCAAACACCUGGCAAAACUUAUUUCCAAGCGCUGCCCAAGUUGCCAUGCCCAGAUUGAGAAAAACGAAGGCUGUCUUCACAUGACAUGUGCCAAAUGUAAUCAUGGAUUCUGCUGGAGAUGCCUGAAGCCAUGGAAACCGACACACAAAGAUUACUACAACUGCUCAGCAAUGGUCAGCAAGGCAGCACGGCAAGAGAAACGGUUUCAUGAUUACAAUGAGAGAUGCACUUUUCACCAUCAGGCAAGGGACUUUGCCGUUAAUUUGGAAGCAAAAGUAUCUGCAAUAAAUGAAGCCUUACAAAUGAAAUCACUAACAUUUGUUAUUGAUGCCUGUAAGAUGCUUGCUCAGGCAAGAAAGGUAUUGGCCUAUUCGUGUGUGUACAGUUACUAUAAUCAGGACACUGAAAAGAUGGAUAUAAUGGAACAACAGACAGAAAACUUGGAGCUGCACACCAAUGCCCUGCAGAUUCUUUUGGAGGAGACGCUGCUGCAGUGCGUGGACCUGGCCUCCUGCAUUCGUCUGCUCAAACCAGAACACUUGAACACGGGUCUGGAACUGAUCCGCAGGAUACAGGAGCGGCUGCUCGGCAUCCUGCAGCACUCCACUCAGGAUUUCAGAGUGGGGUUUCAGCCGAAGCAGGGAGUCGAUCAAAAUGAAGUUCAGCCCACAGAUCUUUCAAACACAGUACCAUCUGAUUCCACCAAAGAAGUGAAGUCGGGCAGUCAGACUGAGGAAGAGGAUGGAGAAUAUGAUGAUGAUGACGACGAUGAAUAUGUCCCGGAGUGGCAUGAUACAUACGAUGAGGAAGAAGAUAUUGAUGAAGAUGAUUUUUCAGAUGAUGAAUCAGAGAAUCUAGAGAGAGAUUUCUUUUACCUAGAAGACGAUGUUUAUGACUAAAGAGAGUUGAGAUUUAUAUAUAUUCUGAAUAAGUGGACAAUUUAAAGAAAUGUAAUUCACAGUAGUCAAAUGAAAAUAUCUUAGUCCCAUACAGAAUGCAGAACCAUAGACUUCUUUUGUUAUGCCACUUCUGGUUAACUGGCUUCACUUUGAUUUGAUUUUUUUUUGAUGUUCAGGUUUCAAAAAUACACAGACACGCACCUGAGGAGAGACUGUCUUUCCCUUUUAUUUUGUUAACACAACAUCUCACCACCCCACCUCAGAGAAAAUUACUGAUAAACUGCUCCUGAGCUGUUUAUGGGAAAUGUUUGCUGAAUUCAGUUAAAAGAAAUUAAGGACACUGAAGCCUCCACUUAGCAGAAAGCUUCUAUUGUUCAUAUAUAAUGUUCUGUUUUUCUGACAAAUUACAUUUAUGCCAGUUAUCUAAAUAAAACACUUUCUAAUGUAUAAAAUUGGGCUUGUUGUUGCUCCCCUGGCAAUAAUUCAUUUUGCAAAGUAAAAUCAAAAGAAAAAUUUGUUUGUAAAAUCCUAAGAAGCUGCUAAAUCCCAAAUUUCUCUAUUUGAUGUCCGAUGAUCCAUCUUGAAACCAUCUAGUCCCACUUUCUUGAAUGUCACAAACCAACUCGUGCCAGUCUAACCGUUUAUAACUCCAGUCUUAGUUCCUGAGCAUUUUUAUAGCUGAUCCCUAUGCGUGCACCAACUCAUCUCAGCAUGCUGCCGGCAUCAUAUUCCAUUCCUCUGCACUCCAACCUCCAUGUUCUCCUCCACUACAGGAUGUUUAUUGUGUAAUUGGUGUAAAAUUCUUUGAAGGAUUUAUUCCACCUACUUUUACAGCCGUUUCUAGCUAGAGAUGCCAGCUCAUACUUCUGAAUCUAUUUCUGUACCAUUCCAUUGCUUCUUUCCAAAUUGGAAUUCUUUUCCUAACUCCCUCGUCUCUCUCCCCAAGUUUUGUAUCUAGACUUCAAUCAUCUCUCAAUUAGCAUUUCAUGCUCAGUGUCCCAUCCAUUCACUGAGAAGCAGUUUAGGCUAUUUAACCAGAAAUGUCUAUCUGAAGGAGAAAAAUGGAGUAACAUUUCUGACAAUGAAUACCAGCUGAAAAGGUCACCUUCAGAGGCUGAUAAGACACUCCAGUCCAAUACUAAAGGAGUGCUACACUGUUGAUUAUCUUUCAGAUGAGAUGUUAAUUUCCAAGGAAAGCCAGGGAGUUUUCACAAUGUCUAACCCAAUAAUUAUCCCUUGAUCAACAUCACAGAAACAAGUCAUCUGAUCAUUGUCACACUGAUGUUUCUAGCACUGCAAGUGUGAGAAUUAGCUGCUGUAUUUCCUGUAUUACAGCCCUAAUUACUCUUCAGAAGUCAAGUCUGUAGGGGUGGCUGGUGGUCAUGAAGAGCACUGUUUAAAUGCAACUUUUUACUUUUUACGUUCCUACAUGAAAUUAAAUUUCCCCACCUAAUGUGGUGGAGUUUGAAGUUGCAAUCUCUGGACUGGUUGCCAACUAUCAUAACCACAAGACUGCUGUACUCUUAUAAUUUUAUCCCACCUUUAUUCUCCGUAAUAGGCCAAUAAAAUUCUUGUUAUAUUUAA